UUUGCCUGGAGGGAAGAGGGGCGGUCGCUUCAGCUCCUCUGGGCUGUCUGUCUCCGCUCGGAGCACCCGCGUUAAUAUUCACAGACGAGCCCCACACGCACCGUUCGGCCCUCCCUCCUCCCAGCCUUUUUCUCUCUCUCCCUUUCCCGGUCGUCUCCUCCCUCUCCUGCGCUUCUCCCUCCUCUUUCCCUUCCCCCAGAGGAGCUGCCGGAGGAGGCCGGCAGACAGGCGCGGCGCGGCGCUCCUCUUGUGUUCUCUUGGGCUGUUUGUUCGGCCCGGCCCGGCCGUCGCAGCUGCGGAAGAAACAGACCCCCCUCGCUCUUCGGGGGCGAGACGCAACCAUGAGCGGCGGGGAGGUGGUCUGCCAGGGCUGGCUCCGAAAGUCUCCCCCGGAGAAGAAGUUAAAGCGCUAUGCAUGGAAGAGAAGAUGGUUUGUGCUCCGCAGCGGUCGGUUGACAGGAGAUCCAGAUGUAUUGGAAUACUACAAAAAUGACCACGCCAAGAAACCAAUUCGUAUCAUUGACUUGAAUUUGUGUCAACAAGUGGAUGCUGGAUUGACAUUUAACAAAAAAGAGUUUGAAAACAGCUAUAUUUUUGACAUAAAUACAAUAGACAGAGUCUUCUAUUUAGUUGCCGACAGUGAAGAAGAGAUGAAUAAGUGGGUUCGAUGUAUUUGUGAUAUCUGUGGAUUCAAUCCUACUGAUGAUGAUGCUGUGAAGCCACCUGGCAAUUCUCUGCCAGCACCAGCCGAAUUACCCUUAGCUGUCAGUACUUCCCUACCAUCUGUACAAGCCGAGCCAUUCCUGCCUCCUCCAUAUCAGUUAAUUAAUAUCCCACCAUUAGAAUCUGCCUCCAGUCAUGAAGAUCCACAAGAUUACCUGUUACUAGUCAAUUGUCAAAGUAAGAAGCCUGAACCAGCAAGGUUGUCAGCUGAUACAGCAAAAUCUGCCUGUUCUGAAACAGAUUGUAAUGAUAAUGUGCCUUCCCAUAAAAGUUCUGUGCAAUCACUAAAUAAGCACACCGUGAAUGGAUAUUUUCAGCAACAUAGUGUGUAUGAUUCCCCCACAUCAAGAGCGGCUUCAGUGUCAGUAGAUGGCAGUCUUUAUAAUCUACCACGGAGUUAUUCUCAAGAUGUUUUACCAAAGGCAUCCCCUUCUGGAACUGAUAUAGACGGAGAGCAACAUGUUUUCAGCACUCCGUCUGCAUCCUCUUCUCUUGAUACACAGAUGAGGCAUUUCUCCCUUAGUUAUGACAUUCCCUCAACACCUGGAAGUACUUACCAGAUUCCACGAACUUUUCCUGAAAGUUCAUUGACUCAAGGUUCAAAGCUAGAGACUAUUCCAGAUGUUCCUCCACCACGUCCUCCAAAGCCUCAUCAUGCUUCAGAUCGCUCUCCGGUGGAGGCAUGUAGCAUCUCACGUACUUCCUCAGAUACUGAUAACAGUUACUGCAUCCCUACAGGUGGCUUGCUCCCAUCUCGCAGCAACACAAUUUCCACCAUGGAUAUGAAUCUAUUUCGCAAAGACCUUGGUUCUCAAGACUGCUAUUUUGUUCCACGAACAUUUCCAAAUGAUAGAUCAAGCUCACUGGAAGGCUUCCAUAACCACUUUAAAAAUAAAAGUCUAUUGACUGUUGGAAGUGUUUCAAGUGAAGAACUGGAUGAAAAUUAUGUUCCCAUGAACCCUAACUCUCCUCCACGUCAUCAUUCUGGCAGUUUUACUGAACCCAUCCAAGAAAUGACGAACUAUGUGCCAAUGACUCCUGGCACGUUUGAUUUUUCACUAUUUGGAAUGCAAGUGCCUCCACCAGCACACAUGGGAUUUAGAUCUAGUCCAAAGACCCCGCCUAGAAGGCCAGUACCUGCGGCAGAAUGUGAGCCUCCUCCAGUGGACAGGAACCUGAAGCCAGACCGGAAAGGUCAAAGCCCUAAAAUUUUAAGACCUAAACCCCAUGGUUUAGAGCGAACAGAUUCACAAACCAUAGGUGACUUUACAACAAGGAGAAAGGUGAAACCUGCACCACUAGAAAUUAAACCUUUAUCAGAAUGGGAUGAAUUGCCAGCUCCAGUUAGAUCUCCGAUUACCAGAAGUUUUACACGAGAUUCUUCCAGGUUUCCAUUAUCCCCCCGGCCAGAUUCAAUUCAUAGUACAACUUCUAGCAGUGAUUCGCAUGACAGUGAUGAGAAUUAUGUACCCAUGAAUCCAAAUCAGUCCACUGAUGAUCCAGGUUUGUUCUGCAGCAGCAGCCUUGAUGGGGGAAGCAGCCCUAUGGUAAAACCUAAAGGUGACAAGCAGGUGGAAUAUUUAGAUCUGGAUUUAGAUUCUGGAAAAUCUACUCCACCUCGCAAGAAAAAGAGUAGUGUUUCUGGCGGUAGUGUGGCUGAUGAAAGAGUCGAUUAUGUUGUUGUUGACCAACAAAAAACAUUAGCAUUGAAGAGUACAAGAGAAGCUUGGACAGAUGGAAGGCAAUCAACAGAAUCUGAAACACCAACAAAAAGUGUGAAAUGAAAAUAAAAAUAUUUGAAGUCCUGUUGAAAUAUUCUUAAAGAGAGCCACCAUUAACUGAGAGAGAAGAAUACUUCAAUGAAUUAUUUUUCUUCAAAUAUUUCAAUAUCAAGCUGAUGACAACAUGAAAUAAAACAGUAGCCUGUGGCAAAUCUUAGUGAUUUUCAUGAUGUAAAAUAGUGUAUCUUGGGUCUGAGAAAAGCAUUUUGAUCUGGAAUUAACUGAUUGAUAGUAUUACAAUGUUGUAUGCACUUUUUCCUUGUUAAAAUGGUGGUUCAGCUUUCUCCACCUAAUGUACUUUUAACAUCCUCCUUUCUCCCCGACACUACUCUAUAACAUUCUAGGAAGUAAGCUAUGUGUAUGAUAUUGAAAUUAAGGUCUGAGGUGCAUUUUAAUAGCUCAAAGAUCAAUUAGAAAAAAUAGUUUCACAAUUUUAAUCUACUUGAAAUGUCAAGAGAUGAUUUGUUAAAUGCCUAUGUUUUUUUAUAUUUAAUACAUGCAAAAUAUACUUCAAAUUCUACAGGUUGCCUUCCUAUCAGAAAUGGCUGUGAGUUAGUAAUAAUAGGCAUGUUUCUGAGUCUACUCUAAUGUCUUAUUCAAUAAUGCAUUAGUUAGAGGAGGUCCUUUUGAAUUUUCACUGAGAACAGUGUUCUUUAUUUGCUGAGCAAAGAUUCUGCAGGGAGGGAUCUUUGCCCAGAAUAUCACAUAAAUCUCAAUAUCACUGAAGGUAUGCAGUAAUGACUGAUCUCACUCUUUAACUGCGAAGUGUAAUAUUUACUUCAUUUACAAAAACAGAAAUUAUGACAUCAGGUACGUACCUAGCACCACAUUGUGCUAGUUCACAUAUCAGGUUCAAACAACGUGCUUUUAAUUUUCUACUGCAACCAAGCCUUUGUACUGGUUUUUAGUAUGAAAAUUCAUGAGGCGGUGUGACAUUCACUGUUUAUAGUACUAGAAGAUACUGUGAUUUUUGUUUUGUUUUGUUUUGUUUUGAAAUCAGAUUGCAAUACAAAUGGAAUUAUUAUGUCUUGACACCACAUGAAUCUUUUUAAUGAUCCUUGUUAUGCCAAGUUUCUUGCUUGGCCUUAUAUUUAAAUUCCUAUGUAAGUGGUAUUUUUAACAUUUUGUUCUUUUUUAAAAGGAAAACACAAGAUUUAUCCCAUUUUUAAAAAAAAGUUCUUCAGGUACAGAAUUAAUUUUGAAUACUUUUGAUUUAUUGCAUCACUAUUCUUAUUCCAAAUAGUAGCUGCUUCAACAGCUGAAAAGGGAAACACUAAUUCUCUUUAAAGUACAACUUUAAAAAAUCAUUAAUCGUGAUGGAAAAAUUUACUAAUUCAUUCUUUUGUGGUUGUAAAAAAGAGAAUGUUCUAUUUCUCAAACUUCAUAAAUACUGAAUAAAGAAAGAAAUGCUGGCCUUAAUAUUAUAUCUAAUUUUCUAAUCCCAUUCCAACUUAAUAGUUUGUAAAUUUUAUUUCUAACAAGGUUUCUUUUUAAAUUAGAAAUAUUUUGGUGUUUUAAAUGUUUUUUAAACUAAACAUUGCAUUUCGAGAUGAAUUUUAAAUAAAUCCAAGUUGUUCUGCUU